GAUGUGCAGCAUACAUAUCGAUUGUUCAGGAAGAGGUUACAUAGUUUCAGGGUCUUCAAAGAAGUUAGGAGGACAGCGAGUAUAUAAUUAACGGAAUAUAGACCCCCUCAUCCUUGGGGGCUGCUAUUUGUUCUUUGAGAUAUGUUUAUUGCUAGUUCUGCCUGUUUUUACAAGGCUUCCAGGACAGAGGGAAGACGUUAAUCAGUAAUAGGCUUUAGAAAGGAGGACAAAGGACUCUGCUUAAAGAAUUAUGUUCCCUGGAGAAGCGCCUUGCAUGAUUCUCCUUCCAUUGCCAGACCUUGUCACAAUACAAUGGCAGCUAGAUUGGGGGAAUGCUUCCCACACCUCUCCACUCUGGACAGCUGUUGGGAGGCAGCUUGGUUGCAGAAGGUGGAAACACUGACUAAGAGCCAUGAGUUCAUACACAAAACUCAGCCCAUGAACCCUUCUUCCGGGCCUUCUCAGGUCUCCCAGGUCUCAAUCCAUCUCCAGCCAUCUUUUGGGGGCCUCCUACCCUUUCCAGCCUGGGGUUCACGUGCUCUGGCUGCUCCAUGAUUCUUCCCUGCACAGUCAAUCUUCCUGCAGUGCAAGAAGGGCCCGCCCCUCCCCAGCUCAGAUACCUUCCAUGGUUCCUCGUGUUAAGUUCCUGUGGCUGCUGUAACAAAUCACCACAAAUUUGGUGACUUAAACCAACACGAAUCUACCACAUCGCAGUCGUAGAGGCCAGAAGUCCAAAAUGGGUCUCACUGGCCUAAAGUCAAGGUGUCAGCAGGGCUGUGUUCCUUCCUGGAGGCUUCAGAGGAGAAUCUGUUCUCCUGUCUUUUCCAGAUUCUAGAGGCUGGCUGCAUUCCUUGGCUCAUAGCCCCUUCCUCCCUCUUCUAAGCCAGCAAUCCUUCUCAUACUGCCAUCUCCCUGGUUGUCCCUCUUCCCGUUAUGAGGACUUUUGUCAUUAUUUUAGGCCCACCUGGAUAAUCUCCCCAUCUCAAGGUCAGUUGGUUAGCAAUCUUAAUUCCAUCUGCAUCCUUAACUCCCUUUCGCCAUGUAACCUAACGCAUUCACAGGUGCCAGUGAUUAGGACCUUGACAUCUUUGGGAGCCAUAAUUGGGUCCCCCACACUCCUUAUCCCUUUCAAUUUGGUUUUUACAUACCAUGAUAUUUCUUUCAAUGAAAUUUUGCACAGAAGCCCAAUGAAUAAAACAAAUUGAGAAGAAACUGAUCUGGCCGCAGGAGGGUGAGGGAGGCGAUAGCUGCAUCCUCUUGACUAUCUUUCCUUAGCCCUCAGGUUUAGAGCCAGAGAACCCGAGAGACUCCGCAGAGUACAGCUGCAACACAGCCAGCCAAGGUGAAGUGCAAAGCCUCGUCCUGGCAUUCGAGGCCUCAACUAGCCUCCAGGCCUUCUUCUCUGCCAGCAGGUCAUCAAACCUGAGCUCCACCUGUGGGCCAGGCUCUGAGCUGGGCAGGAGGGACACCUGGAGGCACAGUCUUGGCCCCCAGGGAGCUCAGAGCCUGAUGCGGGAGGAGGACAGACAACUAAGCAGGCCACUUCAACCUCGCCGGCUAUCUCCCGUCGUAGAGCUGAACGUGGGGGGCGAGUUCUACACCACCACCGUGGGCACCCUGAGAAAACUCCCAGGUUCAAAGCUGGCAGAGAUGUUCUCCAGCUCAGCCAAGGCCUGCAUAGAUGCGGAGGGCCGCUUCUUCAUCGAUCGCCCCGGCACCUAUUUCGGACCCAUCCUGGACUACCUGCGCAGCGGGCAGCUGCCCACGCAGCACAUCUUCGAGGUGUACCGUGAAGCUCAGUUCUAUGAAAUCAAGCCUUUGGUCAAGCUCCUGGAGGACACGCCACAGAUCUUCGGUGAGCAGGUGGCUCGGAAGCAGUUCUUGCUGCGGGUGCCAGGCUACAGCGAGAACCUGGAGCUCAUGGUGCGCCUGGCGCGGGCCGAGGCUGUGGCGGCGCGCAGCUCCGGAGUGCUGGUGUGCGUGGUACCCACAGAAGAGAACGCCUCAUUUUGCGCGGAUGCCCUCCGCGUCCUGGAGGCGGACAAGAGGUCGGUCAUCAAGUUCGGGCCUUGGAAGGCGGCUCCGGACGUCAAGGACCUCCUGGACUGUGUGAAGAUGGACAUUAUGGCCCAGGGGUACCAGGUGGACUAUAAAAGCCAUAAUGAGAAGGCAUUUUCAUUUGCUCACUCCGAUUACUUCUAUACUUUCCUCUUCACCUGGUGGUGAUCCCCGGGGGCAGGGGCUGUGUGUUAUGGGCUCUGUUGGGGCUUACGAAAUUAAAAGUUGCCUUGAAACGCCA